UUUAUAAUUGUUAAUGUUAAUGCAAUGAGCAGUAGAUGUGUGAUAUUGUAAAACAGAAACGGAUAAAUAUGCAAGUGACUAAAACGCUGGUGUAUUUGUUUCAUAUAGUGGUUUACCUUUUUCAAGAAACAAAUGGUGACAUGGGUCAAUGUGGUGAAAGAACUCCAGCUGUUCGUAUCUGCAAACACUCGGAAGUAACUAUGGUUACUCAUGUUUUCAUAGAAACUGCCGAUGUACCGCCACGUCAGAGAAAUAUAUGUAAAUGUAAUGUAAUACCAGCAUUUUUGAACAGCAGCGUUUCAUUAAAGUUCCGUAAAUAUUCGCCGGAAAUUGAAAAAAUUUAUUUCAAAUUACACGACAUCGUGUUGAACAAAACAGAAGAACGUGCUAACUCAACUUUUACUAAAGAAAAUGAGCUGGUUUUUGAAACAGGAUCUGAUUUUAACAUGAAGGGUGUUUGUCUUAUUAUAUCUACAGGUAAACUGUUUCGGCUCAGUCGUGUCAUAUGAAAAAAAAACCAACAACAUAUUAAUAUUAAACGGUGUGCACUUUUGUUAUACCACAGACCUGCAUUUCUCUCUAGAAAGUUGCCUAUCGAAUUUAACACUCUGGUUGUAAACCUAUAGAAUAUCUCCUAAGCACAAAAUUUUAUGAAUGUUUACUUCUAGAUGUAUUGAAAUAAUUACAAUUCUAGGAUUUAUUGACAGCUUUUGUUAAGCGUGAAAUUAGGCAUCAUAUUACUAACUACACAAAAUAUUUAUUUCAUCUUUCAUAUUAUCAUACAGACGAAGAAGAAAGAAGAUUCAAUAUAUCUUCUGAUUAUCCAACAUCAACAUCUUACGGUACAGAUUCGGACACUAACAUAGUUGGUAGGCAUAAAGAAAAGCAUGAAUUAUUUUAGUAAGAUUUUGACAAACUUUGAAUGGGUUCUGUGUCCUGUAAAGAUCUGACAUACAUU